AUGCCCUCGAAUCCAGAAAUUCGAAAGACACCACAGCUAGGCAGCGAAGACCUGGUUCCUUUUGACCAUGCUGCUGCGGGACACGAAGGCGUUCGCUGUACGCCUUCUGGCGCCCUAAUCGCGAAACCAUGCACGCGGCAGGAGGUAGAGUUCUAUGAAUCCAGCGCGCUCCACCCCGCAUUCCAGGAGUUUAUGCCCCUCUACGUCGGAUCGCUCUCUUCUUCCGAGCAACAGGAACCACUGGCAAUUGCUGCCGCCCAAGAAUCUGGCGUCCUUCCUCUUCCCGACUCCGUCAACGUGGCCAUCGAUUCCCCCCUUCCUAGCCAACCGUUAUCCUACACAGCCUCCGCCCACGAAGAUGGCGCUGCCCCUGCCAAAGAGGAAGGCGCGUGGGUACCAUCUGGCGGCAAGAAAAUUGAUACUGGCUUGUCGAUUGUGCUGGAGAACGUCGCCUGUGGCUUCCAUCGGCCGAACGUGCUGGAUGUCAAGCUCGGCGCACGUUUGUGGGCCGACGAUGCGCCACUCGAUAAGCGGAAUAAGCUUGAUGUGGUGUCUGAAGAAACUACCAGCUCUAGCCUUGGAUAUCGCAUCGCGGGCAUGAAAGUUUGGACUGGCCACGAGGGGGAGACCGACGAGGGCGACCGGACAGAUCCGUAUGCUACGAAAUACGAGGGCGCAGAGGGUGAAAAGGGUGAAGUCAUUGAGAAGGAUGGCUAUCGGAGGUAUGAUAAGUGGUACGGCCGCUCUUUCAAUAAGGAUACUGUCAAGCAAGGCUUUGAAACCUUCCUUGCUGGCGCAAAGGCGGGCAAGAUAGACCGAUCAAAGAUGGUUGCCCAGCGCGUGGCAGAAGAAUUGAAGAACUUGCAGCGGGUUCUCGAAUCUGAAGAGAGCCGGAUGUACUCUGCGAGUGUGCUAGUGGUCUACGAAGGAGAUGUUGAAGCGAUGGAACAUGCAAUUGAAGAGGAAAAGAAAGCCCCAGUGUCUCUUUCUCGGGAAGAAGAAGAUGAUGAAGAUGAAGAUGACGAGGAAUUUGAAAUUCCUGAAGGAGCUUUGGAGAUGGUCGAUGUACAACAGCUUGGCGAUGGGAUGCCUCAACAGGCUAUCAAUAUCAGCAUUGAUCCCGAAACCAUGCAGAUGGCCGACGACGACGACGACGAGGAAGAGGACGAAACUCCCAAAGUCUAUGCCCUCCGUCUGAUUGAUUUCGCACAUGCUAGUUGGACCCCUGGACAGGGCCCGGAUGAGAAUCUUCUCAGGGGUGUGCGCAGCCUCGUCAAGGUCUUCGAGGAACUGGCAGAGUGA